AUGUCGGGGCACGGCAUGCAGCAGAGUGCGGAGUGCAAGCUCCCGCCGCUGUCGCUGCGCCACCUCCCGAAGAUGGACGCGCUGACGCUGAAGGAGCGGCUGACGGUUGUGGCCGAGGCCCGCGCCGCUGAGCGCUCGGGGACCGCGAGGGAGCUGCGCGAGGCGCUCUCGGGGGCGCCACGGUCCGUGACGGCGCAGUUGUGGCAGAGUUGCGGCCUCGCGCCGAAGCUGCUGGGCGAGAAAAGGCAGAAGCUUCAGGACGACACCGAGGGGACGCGAAUGACGCGGAGAGGAUUCGUAGGCUUCGGAUACACGCACAUGGGCGCACGCGCCCCCCGCGGACGAGGCGGCAGGGGCCGCAGAGCCAAGGGGCCUCUCUGCCCUCGCUCCGUCCGGCAGUACGCCAUGGAGGAGUUCCACGGGCCGAAGACGAUCGAGAAAGGAGCGCAGGGUGCGCCGGAGCAGGCCGGGACGGAGGCCCCGAAAAAGAGGCGCGGCAAGAAGAAGGACGCGCAGGCCGCCCAGGCGCCGGACGCCGGCCUCGGUCCCGCGCUGCACGCGGCCCCGGCACUGCUGCCAGCACACGCGGGCGCGGCACCCUCGGGUCCGCCCGCCGCGCAGGGGCCGCUGGACGCCGCCGCUCUGCCGGACGCAGGCGUGCAGGAGGCCCCCGCGCUCCUGAGCGCGCCGCCCAAGCCCGCGUCGAGAGGUGCAGGGCGAGGCAGGCAGGGCGGAGGCAAGGCCGCGAGCGCCCGCGGCGCGGGCGGCGCGACGGCUGCCGGGCGCAAGCAGGGGGGGUCGGAGAGACCCCCCCCCGCUGCCAGGGGCCGCGCCGCGGCCGCGGCAGCGCCGGCGCCGCCGCCGGCGGAGGACGUCGAGGAGGAGGUGGUGGUGGACUGCGGGGUGUGCGGGCGGGAGUGCGUCGACGCGGAGGGGAGUGAGGGGGGGACUGAUGCGGAGCCCCCGGGGGAGUGGGACUUCUGCGGACAGGCCGGGUGCAGCCUGCGCGUGCACACGGCGUGCUUCGCCGCCCUCAUCGGCAUCGAACAGCACCCGAGCGGCAUCCCGAUCUACUGCGCGGAGCACGCCCCGCGGCCACGCGGCACGGGAGGGUCUUCCCGCCGCCGCGCCCCCCCGCGCCUGCCGUACGACGACGACGACGACGAGCCGCCGGCCAAGGACUCUGCCCCCAAGGGCCAGGCCGGCAGAGGCGCCGCGAAGGGCGCGCGGGGCCGCGGCGCCGAGAAGCGCCCGGCCUCUGCCCCCGCCACGGCGGCCGCGGCCGCCAAGGCGCGGUCCCGGCCGGCGCCGAAGCCGAUCCAGCCGCCGAGCCCCUCGCAGGAGGAGUCGUCCGAGGAGCAGCGGCCCGAGCACGCGCUGUCGGACGAAGCGCUAGCCAUGUUGCUGCACCAGGAGCUCAACUCGGGUGGGUCGCGGCGCACGCGGGCGCAGCGCGGCCCUGACGGCGCGCUCGCGAGCGACGUCAUCGCGGACGUGCUGUCGCCCGAGCUGAUCGCGAAGCGCCGCCGCGGCGCGGGGUCGCGCGCCGGAGCGACGCCGCGAGCGAACGAGAAGGCCAGGGGUACGCCGCUGCCGGAGGUGGACGAGGCGGCGGCGCUGGACCCGGGCGUCGUAGAGCGCGUCGAGGCCGCGGCGGAGCGCGAGGCCGAGGCGGGCGGCGACGCCGUUGCGGCGCACGCAAGCGCUGGCGCGUUGCCCGUCGCGGGGGACGGGGCGGACGCGGGCGUGCCGGCACGAGAGGAGGCUGGCGGAGAUGCGGAGGGCGAGCGCGCGCCGGUCGAUGCUGUCAUGGAGGAGCCGGACGCGGUCCAGGGGGGUGCAGAGCCCUGCGAGGGGGGGGGAGUUCAAGAUGGUGCGGGGGGGGGUGUCGAUGAGGGGAAGGCGCGGGAAGCGGACGCGGGGGCGGGGACCGCGGAGGGCUGCGCGGACGUGGAGAUGGCGGGCGACGGGGGUGGGGUCGCCGGAGCGGGGGUGUCGAAGAGCGAGGAGGUCGGUGACGUCGCAGCGGCCGCCGAGCAGGACGCCGGCGACGGGAUCGCGCAGCAGGGCGGGGCCGAAGCCGCUGCCCAUGAUCAUCCUCCCGCGGAGGGGGGCGAUGUUGCGCCUGCGGACGCGAUGGAGGCGGCGGUGCACAACGCGGCAGGCGGCGACGAGCAGAGGGGCGGAGCCGACGACAUGGUCGAGGACGCCAAAGGCGAAGUCGCUGCGGGGGCCGCCGGCGAGGGGGGGAGUGUUGGUGCGGGGGAGGGAGGGGUUGCGGCAGGUGGGCCCGAGCUGGCCCCAGAGCAGGCAAGGCGGGCCGAGAGCGGCGGGGAGGCGCAGGGCGCGGCGGAGUCAAAGAGCGCAGACGCGCAGCGCGCGGCGCCGGAGCGCGACCCGGCACCGCAUCCUGAGGGCGCCGUCGAGCCUGGCGGCUCCAGUAGAGAGCCCGAGCGGGUGCAGCAGGACGGCGACGGCGCGGGCGGCGCGGAGGUGCAGGGGGCGGUGGCGCCUGAGCGGCCCGAGGGGCCUGAGCCGCAGGAGUGA